GAUAAAAUCAGUAAAGGUGUUGAAAAGGAAAAUGAACACAAGCUCAAAGAUACAAGAUUAAACACUUGUAACAGUUGUUGGAUUCAUUGCAAAAAUCAAGCUCGAUUGUUUGAUUAUACAUACAAGCAAACCCAAUUAGUCUUGUUAGUGAUUCCAAAUUUCCAAUGCCGAUUCUUACCAACCAUUUCAAUGAUUCAAUCGAACGGCCGGAAAGACGUCCGAGCUCCGGCGGUAUUCUCGCCGUCGGAAGAUUGGAUGGCUAUAUCUACUGCAUACAGGUGAACAAAUUCCGUUAAUUUUUUAUUCAGCCAAUUAAUGCUGCUUCUCCAUGCUCUCUAUCUGUUCGAUGAAAUGCCUGAAUGACGAUUUUGCUAAGAACUUGGAUUGUUGGUCCAUUGCAGUGUUGAAUUGUUAUGUUAAUUAAUCUAUAUUUUUAUGUACAAGUUCAAUUCAGUGUCUGCUCUACAAAUUAGUAUAACUAUUGUUUGAAGUGGCGAUGCGUUGCUGUUUCAAUGCCUCACAUGUUUUUGGAAUGUGGAUGAAUUUGAUUUGAUUGCUUGUUCUUUGUUAUCAUCUUAGCUCUUUGGAAUUACUGAAAUAGAAUAUGAUGAUCUUUAACACGUAGGGAGUGUGUCAGUGCUUAUUUUCAGCUGCAAAGGAACACAUAAGUACGGAAGGGAGUGUGUCACGUAGGAACACAUAAGUACGGAAGUUUAUGUUGGAUUUUUCGCGUGGAAGUCGUAGUUUUAGUAGUAGUAGAGUUUGCCGUAAAUAAUAAUAAAAGAAGUAUGCCACAUAGCUACAGAUAACUAAUACAGUAAACAAGAUGAUUAAGAUACUUGUGAGAUUGUUACUCGAACAAAUAAGGAACUUCCAAGUGUAAGCAGAAAAACAGAACAAUCAUGGAUUCCUAUCACGACCUUUGGGGAACAUAAUGUAAAUCUUUUUCUUGGUCUAGUGAAUUCUAAAAGUAGCGGACGCAAACAAAUUCAUUAUGGGGAUAUUGUUCGAAGUUCAUAUAUAGGCGUAUAUAUUUUUCUUGAUCAAGUAUACAUAUUUUGAAAAAAUGAUUAUUUUGUUUGGGGAAGAGGGGGGGGCUUCAGCCCUCCUCAGCACCUCUGGUAUAUUAUUUCAAGCAAUUCAACAGAAUUUAUGGAAUCCAUCCCAUACCUUGUUUUUUUUUUGGAGAACAAAUCAUCUGGACCUCUAUUUUAGUUGGGAACCACACUCAAGAAUAUAAAUUUUACCAACAGUUGAGAAUGAACUAAUUGUAAUAAUCAACCAUAACUCACAUUUUACUAACUAAAAUACGAAAAUAUAAAAUUAAAAGAUAUUUAUAAACACUAACUAUGAUAUAAUAAACCCUAAUUAGAAAUUAUUUAUAAAACCAAAAAACAAAAUACUUAUCAUAUGAUAUAUUGAAGAGAAGUUGAAAAAGUUGAUAGUGGUAGAGAUAUGGUACACCACAGGUUGGUAUAUAGAACAAAAGAUAGGAAGAGAAAACAAAAAAAAGUACCAGCACACAGUUUCUCUUUCAUCAAAAUAUGUGAUUCUUUUCACAUUUACAAAAUUAUUUCCAUAUUGGCCCAUGGUGCUAUGAAAACAAGGUUCGGAAAUCUGCUGGGUUAGAAUACUGUGCACUCAACAAUCUUAAUCUGUUUUGUAGUUAAUGAUAGUGUCAUAGAAAAUGUAAUGGAUACAACAAUGGGCUGAAACUGGCCCAAAUCAUUUAUUAUCAAAGCAAUCAAAUACAUGCAUAUUUUCUUCAGCUACAUUAUAAAUUUGUGUUAUAUGUUGCCUAAUCUAAUAUAUUUAGAAUUAGUAAGGUGAUUGCUUCUCAUUGUUCAAGAUUGCUAUGACUUAAUUAUUGUUUCGUGUGAAAGUACUCUGCCUCGUUCAUGAGUAGCCCUAUUAGUCGACUCUAAAAUAAUGUAAUCCGUAUUAUUUCUAAUAUUUUCUCAGACGCUCUGCUUGCAGUAGAUUGUCCAACUAAUAACUGGUUUUUGGUAUCAAUGUAAAAAUUCUUAUGUUCUUUAAUCAAAUACACAUGUGCGAUAUGUUAAUUACAGGAAUACAAUAAUAAGAAAAUAUUAGUAUUAGAUUACAAAGGUGGCCAAAUGGCUUCUGAGCAGCCACACGUAUACUUAUUCCGAAAUAGAAUAGUGGAAAAUAGCAUUAAUCACACCUUACUUAUAAGUUAUAACGCUUGCUCAAAUGCUUUCAUACAUAACAUCUAUCCUCACACGUCACAAGACCUUUAUGGCACCUACACUCACCAUCACUGACCCUACAAUCAUAUACGUGUAAAGGAGUGCGUAUCUUUUAGUAAGUCAACUGUGAUUGUUAGGGGUUAUUACAAAACAAAAAGAUUAAAAAAGCCAGGUUGCUGUUAAGCGAUACCACUGGCCACUUAUUCCAGUCCAAUCAACUUUACUCCAUGUAACAAAAAUGAUUAUUACAAAACAAAAAGAUUAAGAGAGCAAGGUGGCUGCUAAGCAACACGCACAGGACAAAAAAGACAGCUGAAUCAUUUAAUUUUAUAACGCAUGCGCACUAGUUUGCAUGCCCAGAGCCUAUAUAAGAAACACAGGUUAGUCCAUUGCCUAUGCUUCUUCAGAGUAAAUGUUACUAUAAAUCUAGAGGGUGGAAACAUCUCAAGCAUAUUUUCUAAGGAUUUGGAGGCCACAGCAUCCUUUUUUCUGCAGUCUUUGCCAAGAAUUAUAUUCUUGAAGGUCAGCAUUCUCUGUUCUCAGUCAAGCUUUCCCAGUUGCCUAAAAAAUGAAUUCAGAUCGGACAUCCAACAACUGCUUCUGGACGAUGGAGGUGGAUGGUGCUGCAUCGAAGGAUGCACGCACAUCUUUGGAUUGGACAAGGGAGGAGGACAAGGCAUUCGAGAUUGCUCUCUUUACCCACUAUAAUCAUGCUGAUAUGUGGGAUAAGAUCACAUUGGCAGUUCCUGGGAAAACAGUUCAAGAUCUAAAACUUCACUAUGAAGCCUUAAGUUUGAUGGCUUUUGAGUCUGGCAAGAUGCCUCUGUCCAUUUAUUCGACAAAAGGCGAUGUUCUAGAAGAGAAGAAGCUGAAGUCAGAGCAAGCUACACGAGGGGCCCAUUGGACAGAAGAGGAACACAGGCAAUUUCUAGAUGGUUUGGAGAAGUACGGUAAGGGUUCUUGGAAGAACAUUUCGGAAUAUUGUGUGCAUACUAGAUCAAGUACCCAAGUUGCAAGCCAUGCUCAAAAGUACUACAGAAGGCUGAGUUCGACUAAGAAAGAGGGUAAAAGGCUCAGUAUUUAUGAUAUCACAACUCUGAAACCCGAGAAAUUGUUACCCUUCGAGAAGGCAACGGCAAGCUGCAUGCCUGAAUGCUGCAAGGGAGAGUCUUCUACAGCUGGAACCGAAGAAUUACUUCCUGGAAAUCCUGAGAAAGCAGCAGCGCAUACUGGAACCCAACUGCUGCCUGGAUCCGCCAUGGGAGCUUCAGGUAAUGCUUCUGGGAAGCGCGGGCGCCCUAAAAACGCUUCGAGUACUGAUGGAAACAAGCCGAUGAUGGGGGCAAGGUAUCCCCAGAAAAAGAAAGCUCUUGCAUGUAACGAGAGCCAAUUGCUGAUUAGGCCAAAGAAAGCUCCAUCUGAUGCUGGGAAGCUACUGCUGUCUGGGUGCCCUAAUGAAGCUCCCAAGGAUAUCGGGUAUCAACUGCUGUCUGGAUACCCUAAUCAACUGGGCCCCCCAUCUGGUUCUCUCAAGAUCGCAGGCCACCCGACUCCAUCUGGGAUGGUUGGGCGUAGAAGAGGUGCACCAGUGCAAGACAUUGACGUGAUUGCUGAUUGUCUACUCGAUAUUGGUUCUGACACCGAAACUCUAGAUGAUUUGGAUCUGUCUUUGUUCCCUCAUUUUCUGGAUUGAAAUGCUUGUGAGGAAGUGUAAUAAACUUUCCACAAUACUAUUUCCAUGCUAAUGUCUAUAAUGUUUCUAUCUUCUUUGAUAAAGUUAAUGUGUUUGGUUAUAA